AUGAAUCAAGAAGAAAAAGUAUUAUAUUAUUUUAUGGAAAAUAAAAUGCUUCUAAAAGAGUUUUGUAAUCAUUAUAUUGCAAUAAAGAAAAAUGAAGAAACUCUAAAGGAAGAAUACAAUAAAAUAAAAUUACAAAAUGUUCAACUUCAAAAUGAAAUAGAAAAAUAUGUACAAAUCAUAAAAGAUAUAGGCAUAAAAAAAGAAAAAGAAAUUGACAGUUCCAUGUUUGAAUAUGAUACAAAAAUUAAAAAAUUAGAAAAAGAAAUAGAAUUUCUAAAUGAUUCAUUAAAUACAGAAAGAAGUAAUUGCAAUGAAAAAGUUAAAGAAUAUACCUAUUUACAAGCUGAAUAUGAAAAAUGUAAGGAAUAUUUAAAGAGAGAGAAAAAUGAAAAUGAUAUAGAUACUAUUCAUAAUAAUGAUAAGAAGAACAAUAAUGAUAAUUAUAUCAACCAUAAUAAUAUAAACCAAAAUAACAUGAACCAUAAUAAUAUAAACCACAAUAAUAUAAACCACAAUAAUAUCAUCCAAAAUAACAUCAUUGUACUCAAUAAAAUAUAUAAUAACAUAGACGAAAAAGUAAAAGACGUUGUAGAACAAAUAAAAGAAAUAAAAACUUGUAGACAUUAUAUGGAACAAAAUAUUAAAGAAUAUCAAUCCCUUUUAAAUGAUUAUUUAGAAAGAAUCACAGAUCUGCAUUUAAAAUAUGACGAGUGCUAUAAAUUAUAUAAACAAAAUCAAUACAAAAAUUUAAUUUAUAAAUGUCAAAAAAAACUCUUUUUAGGAGAAAUAGAACUUUUAAAAAAUAAUAAUGAAAUGUUAAAAAAUGAAAUAAUAUUAUUCAAAACAAAUAUUAAAAAGGUUAAUGAAGAAAAAAAAGAAUAUUAUACCUUAUUUAAAAAAUCAGAAGACGAAAAUCAUUCAUGCUUAAAUAAAUUAAAGAAACGAAAAUGUAAAAAAAUGUUACAAGAUUUAGAAAAUAAAAACACAAUAACAGAGAAAAAUAUAAAUACAAAUACAAACACAAAUACAAACACAAAUACAGACACAAAUACAGACACAAAUACAGACACAAAUACAAACACAAAUACAAACACAAAUACAGACACAAAUACAACCAUUUCAUGUUCAUCAAAACAUCAACUGGUUCAAAAGACCGAAGAAAAUAAUUUUCAGAAUAUAAUACAUAAUGAUCUAAAAUAUAAAGAACAUAUAAAAUAUGAGAACCCAAAGAUUUAUGACAAUCAUAUAAUACAUAAUAAUAAUAUAAAAAAUAAUAAAUAUAUAAAACUUGAACAAGCUGAAUCACCUCAUAUAAAGGAAUCACCAAAGGAUAAAACAACAUCUAUAAUUAACACUCCUAACAAAAAGAAUAUAUCAGACAACAAACAAAACGUAACAAAUGAUGAAAUGAUUAAUAUCAGUCAUGUAAGAUCAAAAAUGGUAUUUGUUUCAAAUAAAGUACAUGUACAAAAGGAAUCUGAAAUAAGUAAAGGUAUGUUAUUUUUUUCAGAUACUGAUAUAAACAAAAAGAAAAACAAAAAGAAAAAAAAAAAAUUAUAUAUGCAUUUUUCAACAUGA